AUGCCUUCAAUUAAUCACCGUCCUACUAUCUGUUUGACAUGCAAGUGGGCUGUUCUAUUUAGAGACAAUGGGGGACGUCUUUGUUCAGAGUUUCGGCGCGUGGCCAAUACUGACACCAUUUUUACAAAUGCGCUGACUGAGACGCAAUUGGGCCGCUUGGACUGA